CACCGAGACAAAUGUAGAAAAAAAAGUUUCGAGCGCCCUCUGUUGGUGGCGGGAAAAUUGGACAACAAUCUCAGCCUUGCACAUUUCUUUGAAUAAAGAGACAGCAAUUCAGAUCAGGUUUUUUGACCAUAUUUAACAAUCAUGGAUGUUCGAGCAAAAAAUUUGGAAGAUAAUCAAGUCAUUCUUGAGAAAUUGAUGGCAGACGUGAAGUGGCAUCCAGAACUGAAGAAAAUUAUUCCAAGAACCAAGAUGCCUAAAUACAAACAUAGGAAAUCAGAAACGCUUGGACCAAUCAGAAGGAAUCCCUCGAGGAGAGCCCGCGUGGGAGAUAAAACUGACCCGAGGAAUCCGCGUAGAUACAGCGACCCUGUGAUGGACUUGGAUUCAUCACCCACCAAUAGACUGCAAGUUCGCUUCGGAUUUUUCAAAAAGUCUUCUUCAUUGGAAACUGAGAGAGAUAGUGAAGACGAGAGAGAUGAACCAUAUGAUGAGGAAGAAUUUGUGAAGCCAAGGAUUUCGAAUCACACAAAAUCCUUUCAAAUUGACACAAGGUCUGCUGAUGAGAUAACAGAUGAUGAUUUGGCUCUAGUAGCCGACAGUGUGAGCGACAAACGUUAUGAUAGCAUUUAUGGAACAUCUUGUCACCAAUGCAGGCAGAAAACGAAUGACAUGAAGACCAUUUGUCGGUCUGGUGCCUGUUUUGGUGUCAGAGGGCAGUUUUGUGGACCAUGCUUAAGGAACAGAUAUGGAGAAGAGGCUAAAGAAGCUCUGAAGGAUGAGAACUGGCAUUGUCCACCAUGCAGAGGAAUAUGUAAUUGCAGUUUCUGUCGUAAAAAGCAGGGGAAAUCCUGCACCGGGAUCAUGAUCCAUAUGGCACGUUUUCAUGGAUUUGACAGUGUUAAGGAUUAUCUCCAGAGUCUGGCCAAGAGGAAAUAAUGAAAGGAGAAAAAAGAAGAUUUUUAAAGAGUGCAUGAUACCUGCUUUAUGAAGAAAGAAUUGCAUUUUAAUGAAAUUUUUUUCUGAUUUAAAAAUAACAGAUGAACUAUUGUUUGAAUGGCUUUUUAUAAAUAUAUGUUUUAGUGCUGUUAUAGUAAUUACAUGUUUUAAUUGAAAUCAGAUUUUUAAGCAAAUUCACUUACGGUAAUUUGCAUCGUUGGCAAAGAUGUAUACAUAUAUUAAUAUUAAAUAUGUUAAAAUUCU